AUGGUCCACAUCAAAAAGGUUGUUGUCCUUGGUGCUACAGGCGCUCUCGGCGAGGUCUUGAUUCCAGCUCUUGUUGCUGCUAACUUCGACGUAGCCUGCAUCCUCCGUCCCGGAACCCUGACCUCAGCCUUUGAUGGCCACGACGCAGUGGUCGAAGCAUUCAACCCCGCGGCGGCGAUCCACCAGAAAGCAAUUCUCGAAGCCGUCCUCAACGCGGGAGUUCGACACGUCAUCACACCGGACUUCAGCGGGAACACAUUUCACCCACGCGCCGGAGAGGUCCUGAUAUUCAACCCGAAGCUUGAGGCCCAGCGAGAGCUGGAAAGAGUAGUCGCAGAGUCUGAUGGCAAGCUUUCCUGGACGGCGAUUGUGACAGGUCCGUGGUACGACUGGACGAUUGAGAAGGGAAUCUUUUGGGUGAAUCGGGAAAGGAAAGUGAUUACCCGGUAUGGCUCGGGCAACCAGAGGUACAGCAUGAGUCGGCGCGACCUCAACGGGGAGGCGUUGGUUGCUGUACUAAGCAACCCGGGCAAGUAUCAAAACCGCGCGGCGUACUUUGCUAGCCACACGGUUUCCACAAACCAACUCAUUUCCAUUGUCAAAGAGCUGGCGUUGGAAGGCUGGAAGGUUGAAGACGUUCCGUUUGACGGACUUUUCGAGAAGGCUCACAAGAUGUGGCAGGAAGACACUCGCAACGGCGUCCAGGACAGACUAAAUUCAAAGGCGUACGCAGCUCUGUCGACGGUGGCCCUGUUGGAUGAGGAUAAUCGACAGAAGAGGCCAAGUUUCAGCGCACUCGCGCCAGCCGACAAGAUGGCUCUGCAUCAGUACGACUACAUCUUUGCCAUCGGCACAAUCUUCGCGUUUCUUGACGCCUGGAACAUCGGUGCUAACGAUGUUGCCAACUCGUGGGCCACGUCGGUCUCAUCCCGAUCCAUCAGCUACAUCCAGGCUAUGACCUUGGGUUCAAUUCUCGAAUUCGUCGGUGCCGUCGGAGUAGGUGCUCGCGUAGCCGACACCAUUCGUACCAAGAUUGUCGACAUCGACUUCUUCGAGAAUGACCCUGCCCUUCUCAUGCUCGGCAUGACUUGUGCCGUUGUCGCCUCGUCCAUCUACCUUACCUUCUGCACCAAGAUCGGUCUUCCUGUUUCCACCACCCACUCCAUCAUGGGCGGUGUCAUCGGCAUGGGUGUCGCUCUUAUCGGCGCAGAGAAUAUUCACUGGACAUCGGCUAGCGGCAGCAUUGACUCUGGUGUCGUUUCCGUCUUCCUGGCUUGGAUUAUUGCCCCCGGCUUGGCUGGUGCCUUCGGUGCCAUCAUCUUCACCAUCACCAAGUAUGGUGUCAUGCUGCGCAAGAACCCUGUCAUGAAGGGUCUCAUGCUCACGCCGGUUUACUUUGGCAUCACUGCCUCUCUGCUUACCAUGUUGAUUGUCUGGAAGGGCGGCUCCAUCAAGGUCAACUUCAACGACGCCGAGACUGCUGGUAUGAUCGUCGGUGUUGGUGCUGCCUGGGCACUUGUCAUCACCAUCUUCCUUGUUCCGUGGCUGUACCGCAUUGUCCUGAAGGAUGACUGGCAGCUUCGAUGGUGGCACAUCCCCCUUGGGCCUCUUUUGCUGCGCCGCCCUGAGCCUCCUGCUCAGCCCGAGGGCGUUGCCGGUGGUAUCCGCGACUUUUACUCCGGCCACAUGACCAAGGAGGAACUUGAUUCUGCUCGUGGAGGCGUCGUUCACACCCACAGCAAUGAUGUCGAGUCUGGCUCCGCCGAUGGCGAGAAGAAGGUCGUUCAGGACAACACCGACGCCCAAACUCCCGCUCCGCGCCAGGAUUACACUCACAAGCCAAUUGUCGGUCCUCGCCCUGAGGGUCCUUUGUACUCCGGCGCCGUUCUCUUCUGGAUGGUCAAGAAGGUCUUUCUGUCUGGUGUCGACCAGGACAUUAUCAACAUGCAGAAGAAGGAGAGCGUACUUACCGGUGACUUGGAGGAGAUGCACGCUCGCGUCCAGCACUACGACAACAAGGCAGAGUUCCUGUACUCUUUCAUGCAAGUCAUGACUGCCUGUACUGCCUCUUUCACCCACGGUGCCAACGACGUUGCCAAUGCUAUUGGCCCCUAUGCCACUAUCUACCAGGUUUGGAGCACUGGCGCGCUGAAGGGUAGCAAGGCCGAUGUUCCGAUCUGGAUUCUCUGCUUCGGAGGUGUCGGCAUUGCACUCGGUAUCUGGACUUACGGAUACAACAUCAUGCGCAACCUCGGUAACCGCUUGACCCUCCACUCUCCCGCCCGUGGCUUCUCCAUGGAACUGGGUGCCGCUGUCACCAUCAUCCUGGCCACCCGUCUCAAACUUCCCGUUUCCACCACUCAGUGCAUCACCGGUGCGACUGUCGGUGUCGGUCUUUGUUCGGGUACCUGGCGCUCUAUCAACUGGCGCAUGGUCGGCUGGAUCUACAUGGGAUGGAUCAUCACCCUGCCUACCGCUGGCAUCAUCUCAGGCUGUCUUACCGGCAUCAUCAUCAACGCUCCCCGAUGGGGAAUGACCAACUAA